AUGGGGCUCAAGAUCUGGAUUCGAGAUACUAACCUGCGGGUUGCACGGAGUCCCGUGGGGAGAUGGUUUCGUCUGGAGAAUUCUGGCCACCCGAUGGAGAGGAAGGGUAGCUUCUUCUUUACUGAGCUUCGUGCCGGCCUGGCCACAUUCUUCGCGAUGGCCUAUAUCAUCUCCGUGAACAGCACCAUUACCUCGGAGUCUGGUGGAACAUGCGUGUGCCCGGCUGAGAGCAUGUCUGACCUCUGCGCAACAAAUGCCGAAUACCUGGUCUGCGUGCAGGAAAUCAAGCGUGACAUCGUUACCGCGACAGCAGCUAUUGCGGCACUUUCGACAUUCUGUAUGGGCCUCUUUGCGAACUUGCCCAUCGCGCUUGCUCCUGGAAUGGGUCUGAAUGCCUAUUUCGCAUACACCGUUGUUGGCUAUCAUGGUUCCGGUCUCAUCCCAUACAAGGUUGCUUUGACUGCGGUUUUCGUCGAGGGAUGGGUCUUCUUGGGCCUGACGUUGAUUGGUAUGCGACAAUGGCUUGCGCGCGCACUUCCGGCUUCCAUCAAGCUUGCGACUGGUGUUGGUAUUGGCCUGUAUCUUGCUCUCAUCGGCUUGACUUAUAGUGCUGGUAUUGGACUAGUUCAGGGCGCCACAGACACCCCAAUCGAGCUGGCAGGAUGCGCAUCCCAGUACAUCGACUCGGAAACUGGGUUGUGUAUCAGCAGCCAGAAGAUGCGCAGCGCUACUAUGUGGAUUGGUAUCUUCUGCGGUGGUUUCAUGACCGUGUUGUUGAUGAUGUACCGCGUCAAAGGCGCCGUUAUCAUGGGAAUCUUGCUAGUUUCGAUCAUUUCGUGGCCGCGUACCACUCCAGUGACUUACUUCCCUUACACGGAACUCGGAACUAGUAUGUUCGAUUUCUUCAAGAAGGUCGUUACUUUCCAUCCUAUCACGCACACCUUGGCUGUUCAGGAAUGGGAUAUCUCUGGCCAUGGCGGUCAGUUUGGACUCGCUUUCAUCACCUUCCUGUAUGUUGAUAUUCUGGACACCACCGGCACUAUGUACUCUAUGGCCCGAUUCGCCGGCGCCAUUGACGAGCGUACCCAGGAUUUCGAGGGCAGUGCCAUCGCCUACAUGGUUGACGCAAUUUCCAUCUCGAUUGGCUCCCUCUUUGGUAGCCCUCCCGUAACCGCUUUCGUCGAAUCAGGCGCUGGAAUUUCCGAAGGUGGCAAGACAGGCUUGACCUCGUGCAUGACAGGCAUCGCAUUCUUCAUUGCAGUGUUCUUCGCGCCAAUCUUUGCCUCCAUUCCACCAUGGGCAACCGGCUGUACUCUCGUCAUCGUCGGCGCUCUGAUGGCCAAGUCAGCAGCGGACAUCAACUGGCGCUACUACGGUGAUGCGAUUCCGGCGUUCCUCACCAUUGCUAUCAUGCCGUUCACCUACAGCAUUGCCUACGGUCUUAUUGCGGGUAUCCUGAGCUAUAUCAUUCUCAACUCGAUUGCUUGGAUUCUGGAGAAAGUCAGUGGUGGUCGCAUUGUCCCACCGAACAAGGAUGAGUCCGACCCUUGGACGUGGAAGGUACCUGGUGGCUUCCUCCCUCCUUGGGUGAAGCGUGCUGCUAGCGGGAAGAAAGAUUUCUGGCGUCGCGAUGAGGAGCGGGCUGCGUCUGAUGAGCUGGGUUCCCUUGGGUCAUCUCAGGAGAGAGUGCCAGUUGAAAAAGGCCCCAAUAAUGCUGAGGAGCCCACAGCAAAGGCGUUGUGA